GCAGCAGCAGCGGCGGCGGCAGGGCCCACUGACAAAAUGACUUCCACUGGAAUAAACAUGAUGAGCAGGAUCAUCUUCUUCGAGGACAGGAACUUCCAGGGUCGUUCCUACGAGUGCAUGAGUGACUGCCCCGACAUGUCCUCCUUCCUGAGCAAGUGUCAGUCCUGCAGGGUGGAGAGAGGCUGUUUUAUGGUGUACGACCGCACUAACUACAUGGGCAACCAGUUCUUCCUGAGGGGGGGCGAGUACGCCGACCACCUGAGCGUCCUGGGCUUGAGCGACUGCAUUAGGUCCUGCCGCAUGAUCCCAAUGCACAGGGGACCCUUCAGGAUGAGGAUCUACGAGAAGGAGAACUUCGGAGGUCAGAUGAAUGAGCUGACAGAGGACUGUGACAACAUCACGGACCGUCUACGCAUGUCCAACUGCCAGUCCUGCAACGUGAUGGAGGGCCACUGGCUGAUGUACGAGCAGCCCCAAUUCAGAGGCAAGAUGAUGUACAUGAGGCCCGGCGAGCACAGGACCUUCCUUAACUUGGGCGGGAGCAUCAUCAGGUUCAUGAGCAUGAGGCGCAUCACCGACACCUGCUAUUAG